AUGCGCCAGGCAAGUUUCACAGCUGGCAGGGUCUUGCCAGCAAUUCUGCGGCAGCGACACACAGUUUCCAAAGACAAGCAGAGUCGGUACGUGCUGCCGCGCUUCCCACAGCAGAAGCAGGACAUUGACUCGAUGCCUAACAGACAAGGCAGACACAUGGCGGAUCCCCACUACGCAGCCAGUCAACACCCGGCUUGGCUCGUGGCCCUAGCUUCCUUUCGCGUCAUCCACUUUGUUCCGACCUGGCUACCUAAGGUGCCGCUGCGUGGCUCUCGAUUUCUCGGUCACUUCGUACGCACUCAGAACCGCGCCGGGCCGCACAACACCAAUUACACGCACCAUCCAGCGGGCGACCAUUGGCGAGCGAGCCAUGGACGGAAUUUGCUGCGAUGCCGCAGUCCCUUUUGCCGCAUGUGUGCUCUGGCAUCCCAUCAUAUUGGCUGGGAAUGGACUGAGAUGAAAAGGGACUCGGACCUGCAUUUCCACCCUCAGCUGAUGGCAACAGCGUCACAUCGGGAAAAGGCGCUCUGCAUUCUUUCAGGGGCCCAACACGAGCCUCUCGCUGUUGAGAUGACGAGCCGAACUUGUUUGGUACCCUUCGUCACGAAAUCGACGCUUGUCGAGAAAGGAAGCAUAUCCGACAUGCCCCGAGUCGGGAGCCACGUUGUUGCACAGGCUUUCGACGACGACCCUACGACCUUUUUCACCCACUGA